AUGGCGGCGGAUCAAUAUGGCGAUGAUUCAUGCCGAAUUACGUGCUGCUGCUGCACAUUGCUGGCAGCGCGUGUACGCUCCAAGAAUGAAACGAGAAGUGAAACCAUGAGCCAAACCAAUGAACAUUUGGCUACCAAAGAAACAGAGGAAACAGAAAUCGUCGAAGCCUCCUCAUUAUUGGAAAAGAAGUGUUCAAGUGAAGACCAUUUUCUCUCAUCGAAUGAUGAAUACGAGCUCCCGCUGCGCCCUUUCAAUCGCUACAAAGGGGUGAUCCUAGACAAGAGAACUAUAUCUGGGCAUGUGACGCAUAUCAACUACGAAAAUGAAUACUGCCUGGUGGACAAUAGCGUGACAGUGAUAUUCUCAGAGUUUGGCGAAGACGUCGUCCCCGCCAAGGGUCUUCCGAUCGAUGUCGGCCAGCAGCGCUGGAGACAAGCCGCCCAACCCAAGUUCGUCCAAGGUUGGACAAACAGCUUUGUUCUCGCUCUUCCGGCGCCGAUCCCCGAAGGAGUGGAAGCGAUGGAGACUAAGAACAUCAAAUUCAUCGAUUUCGAUCGCCAAAUUGCCUUCCUUGAAGAAUCAGACUUGAUUUGCGACAUUUCAAGAGUCCAUUUCGAAGCUAAUGGCCAGAAAGUGAAUACUUACACACCCCGAGUCGGCGACAACAUCAUUGUUCCGCGGCAAGAAAUCACAGAGAACAGAAUGGUUAGCGGUAUUCGACCGAGUCAGGUGACGAAGAAAUCCGGGUCAAUCACGUUCUGGGAUCGGAAGCGCGAGACCGGCUGGUUGAAUGGCAAUAUUGCGUUUAAUAUAUCCGACUGCUUGACUUGGACGCCGCGAGUGAAUGAAGAAGUCUUCUUUCUUCAGAUUCCGAAUAGAAAGGGACCUAGAGCGAUUGAGGUUGAAAAAUUUCGAGGAACCGCGGCGGGGAGGGCGAGAAUCGCUCCUGUCAGUAGGAAUGACCAACGACGAUUUAUCUUCAAAGGCCCUCGCCCUCAAGUGUUAAAGAGACGCGACGCUCCACCCCACUUUCUCCCAAAUUUCGACGUGCCCACUGCCCUCGUCAACGGUAUCCGCGGUGGAACAGAUAUCCUCAAGAUCGUCCCUUCCCUCACUCUUGAUCUCAACGAGAAAAACUACCAGGAUAAAAUGACGGCGCUACUGUUUUGUGAAGAAGUCGCACUUGGAAUUGAAAUGGAACAGUUUUCAUUGAAAGACGUUGUUUUGGAACACCUCAGUUGCAACCACUUCAGUCUCGAAAUCCCAGGCUUGAAGAAUGAAAGUCCUCCGCUUGGAAUCGCAGAUUUGCUGAUUAUAACCGUAAAAGAAAACGAUACGAUGGAGUUUCACGCGUUUAUCCACACCAUUCGCUUUGCCGCAAGCACUGUUAUUUUCGAAAUGUCCGAUGUUUUCACCGAAAAGCACAAAGCCUCUCCAGUGACGAUCAAAUUCACGCUGAACCGCUAUCCUAUCAGAACAAUGCAGAACGCAUUAAAAGGAAUCGGCCGUGAUCUAUCGCUCGUGACGCUUUUCCCGACGCCGACGAACUUUUUCGGGCUGGAAGACAGGCGACGAUUUGAGUAUAUUCAACCCUAUCAUGUUACAGCUUCCAUGAUCAGCGGAUUGAAUCAAUUCCAAAACGACGCCGUGUUGAGUGUUCUCGAGGGCGCGGGGAUGUUUCAUCCAAAAAUCAUCUUUGGCCCUGCUGGCACGGGAAAAACCCGGACAAUGGUCGAGCUCGCUAGAAUACUCAUCACUUGCAGCACAGCUAGAGUACUGAUAGUCGCUCCAUCUAACGCAGCUGCGGAUAUUUUACUUUCCCGUUUGAGCAAUGCCCUAGGAGAACGAGCGGAACAAAUCAUCUGCCGCUGGAACGCACUCAGAAGAAACAACGAAACACUUUCCGAAAACUGCAAAAAGUUCAGCAAAGAUGAUUUCGCCAAAGAAGCAAGAUGCGUCAUUAGCACUUGUCUAGCGACAUCGUCACUACCUCGAAGAAAAUUCGACUUUCUUCUGGUCGAUGAAGCGUCACAGUGUACAGAGCCGGAAACAUUGGUGGCGAUGCGAUUCACCUUGCCGGGAUCGCAGGUGAUUCUUGCUGGCGAUCCGGCGCAAUUAGGGCCUACAGUAAAAAGCCCGUACAGCUGUCAUUUUGGAUUGACUACAUCAUUGCUUAUGCGACUUAUGGGCAACAGCCUUUAUGAAAAGCAAUCAACAGGACAGUACGACCGGCUUUAUCUAACAAAGCUUUUGAUUAACUAUCGCAGUCAUCCAAGUCUGCUCGAAAUAACAUCCAAUUUAUUCUACGAAAGGGAGCUUAUGCCUGCAGAUAAUGAGCACUUCGAUGGGACACUUGAUAAAUACGCUGAUUUCCUCCCGAAGCCGGGAUUUCCCUUCGUUUUGGUGGAUGUUGCCAGUGGAACUGAGGCCCGCCAGACUGGCUCUUUCUCUUGGUUCAAUGCUAGAGAGGCGGUUCAAGUGUUAUCCUACUGUAAGAAUGUGAUCAAAGCUGGACUUGCGCAGAGCGAUGUUGGCAUCAUCAGUCCAUAUCGGCAGCAAGUGGUUGAAAUUCGAAAAAUUUUGAAACUUUCGAAUUUGAAUGACAUUCGCGUCGGAUCAACGGAAGAGUUUCAGGGAACCGAGUACAAGUGUAUCAUUAUUAGCACAGUGAGGGCGAAUGAGAGGCUGCUUGAAUAUGACGCAAGAACUUGUAUAGGCUUCGUCGCAAGCAAACAAAGAACGUGUGUGGCUCUAACAAGAGCGAAAGAAUUGAUCAUUCUCAUCGGAAAGUUGGAAUUGCUAGAACUGGACUCAACUUGGAAGGAGUUCAUCGCACACUGCCGCGCUCAUUCUGCCAUAAUUACUGCCUGA